AUGGAGCCUGGGAAACUCUUGGAUCCCCCAUCAGACACAAUCAGCACUCCGGAAAACCACAAAAAACUCCAUGAAUGCUCAGAAUGUGGGAAAUCCUUUUCUCGCAGAUCAGUGCUUUUUACUCACAAGAAGAUCCAUGUGGGAAGUGGAUCCAGUCAAGGUUUGGAGGGUGAGAAAUCCUCUGGAACAGACACCAAAGGUCUCAGAAAUUCCCCCAGACUAAAACCCUAUAGAUGUAUAAAAUGUGACUUAUGCUUUGGUCAAAAGUCACACCUUCUUAGCCAUCAGAAAAUCCACACGGGAGAGAAACCCUAUCAGUGUCUGGAAUGUGGGAAAUUUUUUUGUCGGAAAUCCACCCUCAGAAACCACGAGAGAAUUCACACAGGGGAGAAUCAUGAGAAAACGCACAGAGGGGAGAAAAAGGAAAAGUGCCUGGAAUGCGGUAAAUGUUUUUACCAGAAAUCACACCUGUUGCGACAUCAGAGACUUCACACCGGAGACAGACCUUAUGAAUGCCCAGACUGUGAGAAACGAUUUAUAUAUUCUUCUGAACUUCGGAGACACGAGGAGAGGCACAAAGGUGAGUUACGCUAUAAAUGUGGGGAGUGUGGGAAAAGUUUUAGUUUCCUUGGAGGGCAUGAGAGGGUCCACACAGGAGAGAAGCCGUACAGAUGCGUAGAAUGUGGAAAAUGUUUUGCUCAUCAGGGAGACCUUUUGACACAUCAUAAAACCCACACAGGGGAGAAACCAUAUCAAUGCAUCGAAUGUGGACAAUUUUAUUCUACCACAUCACACCUUAGAAGUCAUGUAAAAACUCACACAGGGGAAAAAAAUUACAAAUGUUUAGACUGUGGGAGAACAUUUGCUCAUGCGUGUUCCCUCAGAGGCCACAACCGAAUCCAUACAGGAGAAAAGCCCUAUAAAUGCUCGGAGUGCGAUAAAUGUUUUUCUCAGAAAGAUACUCUU